GCGGGCGCGCCGCCGCUUCCUGCGCCCACGGCCCCGGAUGUGUCGAGCGGAGUGGCGCAGCCUCGACCCGCACCCCCAGCAGGACGCGGCUCAGGCCCGGGAUGUCCUGUGGUGUGAGUGACCCGCUGCACUCCAUCCUGCAGUAGGGCUCUGCUCCCUGGCAUCCUGCCGCUCCUGGUGCGGUGGGUGUGUCCAUGGCUCGGCCCUCACCUCGCCGAGGCUGCUCCGUUUAGUUCCUUCUCCCCGGGGAAGACACAGUGUCACUGACCUUCGGGAAAGCGAAUCCCCUUCAGACCUUCAGAGGACGUCAGGCGGGUAGCAAGGGGCGAUAAUGCACCAUGGCAGCGGCCCUCAGAACGUCCAGCACCAGCUGCAGAGGGCCAGGGCCUUCGCCGGCAGCGAGGGAGAGGAGCAGGCCCAGCCCAACCCGCCUCAGUCCCCUGCCACUCCCUUUGUGCCAUCGGCGAGCCCGUCUGCUCCCCAGUCCCCUGGGUACCAAGUCCAGCAGCUGAUGAGCAGGAGCCCAGCAGCCGGGCAGAAUGUGAACCUCGCCCUUCAGAGCGUUGGACCAGUGGUGGGUGGGAGCCCUCAGAUCACGCUUGCACCUCUGCCACUGCCCAGCCCUGCCUCUCCAGGUUUUCAGUUCAGUGCUCAGCAGAGGCGCUUUGAGCAUGGGUCUCCAUCAUACAUCCAGGUCACCUCACCGCUGUCCCAGCAGGUGCAGACUCAGAGCCCUACCCAGCCCAGCCCGGGGCCAGGGCCAGGCCUGCAGAGUGUGCGGGCAGGUGCUCCUGGCCCGAGCCUGGGCCUUUGCAGCGGCAGUCCCACCGGGGGCUUUGUGGACGCCAGUGUGCUGGUGAGGCAGAUCAGCUUGAGCCCAUCCAGUGGUGGGCACUUUGUGUUUCAGGAGGGCACUGGCCUCACCCAAGUGGCACAGGGAACCCAGGUGCAGAUGCAGCAUACAGGGACUCCCAUCGCGGUCCGGGAACGGAGACUGUCACAGUCCCACACACAGUCUGGGGGUACUGUCCACCACCUGGGACCUCAGAGCCCUGCGGCUGCAGGCGGAGCAGGCCUGCAGCCCUUGGCUAGCCCCAGCCACAUCACCACAGCAAGCUUACCACCCCAGAUCAGCAGCAUCAUCCAGGGGCAGCUGGUCCAGCAGCAGGCGCUGCAGGGGCCACCGCUGAGCAGACCUCUGCUGUCUGGGGUCGGGGUUGGGGUUGGGGGGGCUUCGGCGUUCGGGAUGGCAUCCCCACCCCCACCCACCAGCCCUUCCAGGACCACAGUGCCCCCUGGCCUCUCUGGCCUUCCUCUCACAUCUGCGGGCAGCAUGGGGGUGAGAAAGGCUCCCAAGAAGCUGGAGGAGAUCCCCCCGGCCUCCCAGGAGUUGGCCCAGAUGCGGAAGCAGUGCCUGGACUACCACUACCGGGAGAUGGGGUUGCUGAGGGAGGCCUUCAGGGAGUGCCUGAUCGAACUCUUCUUCUUGCAACACCUCCAAGGGAACAUGAUGGACUUCUUAGCAUUCAAGAAGAAGCAUUAUGCCCCGUUGCAAGCUUAUCUCAGGCAGAAUGAUUUGGACCUGGAGGAAGAGGAGGAGGAGGAGGAGGAGGAGGAAGAGAAGUCUGAGGUCAUCAACGACGAGGUAAAGGUUGUGACAGGAAAGGAUGGGCAGACUGGUACUCCUGUUGCUAUAGCAACCCAGCUUCCUCCAAAUGUUUCUGCUGCUUUUUCAUCCCAGCAGCAACCAUUUCAGCAGCAAGCUCUUGCAGGGACCCUGGUGGCAGCGGCUGGAAGUGCGAUAGAGACGGACCCUUUUAAGCGGCAGCAGGCGGGACCCCAGGCAGAGCAGUCUAAGAGACCUCGACUUGAAGUAGGUCACCAAGGCGUAGUUUUCCAGCACCCAGGGGCGAGUGUGGGAGUCCCUCUUCAGCAGCUAAUGCCAACUGCUCAAGGAGGGAUGCCCCCUGCCCCGCAGGCCACCCAGCUGGCUGGGCAGAAGCAAAGCCAGCAGCAGUAUGAUCCGUCCACGGGGCCCCCGGUGCAGAACGCUGCCAGCCUGCACACACCGCCCCCGCAGCUACCGGGCAGGCUGCCCUCCUCAGGCCUCUCUGCCGUGUCUCUGCCACCGGCCCCGCAGUUCCCUCAGCCACAGGUGGUGGAGCCGCAGGUGCCACUCCACAUGCCCGCGAAGACUCAACAGCCAGAUGCCCCAGUGCACACACCACCGCCCAGCCGAGCUCCUACUUCUCUGCAGCCCGCCCAGCCAGCCCCCCACGCGCUGAUGCCUGGGAGGACACAGGGGCAGGCCCCUCUGCUGGCGCCCCAGCCACAGACUGUGUCAUCGAGACCUCCUGUGGACCCUGCUCAGCCCUGUCAGCGGCCCCCACCCCCUUCCUCCUCUACCUCGUCCAUCGUGCCUGUGAGCAGUUCGGGCCUGGGACCCUCCCCUGCACGGGCUUCCCCAGUGAAUAGACCCUCCUCAGCAGCCAGCAAGUCUCUGUCUCCAGUCACCUCUCGGUCUCCAGGGGCAGCUGUGUCAGUUCCCCCAAAACCACAGAGCCCAGCUCAGAAUGCUACCCCGCCUCAAGACAGUUCUCAGGAUAAGCUGGCCGAACAAAUAGCACUGGAAAACCAGAUCCAUCAGAGAAUAGCAGAUUUACGGAAAGAAGGCCUGUGGUCCCUUAGACGGCUCCCGAAGCUGCAGGAGGCCCCACGCCCCAAAUCUCACUGGGACUACCUGCUAGAGGAGAUGCAGUGGAUGGCCACCGACUUUGCCCAGGAGAGACGGUGGAAGGUGGCUGCUGCCAAGAAGCUCGUGAGAACUGUAGUGCGUCACCAUGAGGAAAAGAAGGCUCGUGAGGAGCGGGGGAAGAGGGAGGCACAGGACCGCCUGAGACGGAUUGCUGCUUCCACAGCGCGAGAGAUAGAGUGCUUCUGGUCAAAUAUUGAGCAGGUUGUGGAAAUAAAACUACAAGUAGAAUUGGAAGAAAAAAGGAAAAAGGCCUUCCACUUACAGAGAGUUUCCAGGAGAGGAAAAGAGUCUCGACCCAAGGGACUUGAUGCAUUACCGGAAAAUUUCCUGGGUCUGGGGAUGUCUGGAAGGAAAAGGAAAGCCAGCACAUAUUUACCUGAUGAGGAAGGUUGGUCCUGCUGGUGGCCUGCGCCAUCUGCACGGCUGUCUGAAGUGGAUGACGAGGAGGAGACAAUCGAGGAGGAGGAAGCCAAUGAAGGGGCCGUGGACCACCAGGCAGAGCUGUCUAAUUUGGCCCGAGAAGCUGAACUGCCCUUAGUUGACCUGAUGAAGUUGUAUGAGGGUGCCUUUCUGCCGAAUUUCCAGUGGCCCCAGCCUAACCCUGCCAGUGAGGAGACAAGCGAGGAAGAAGAGGCAGAAGACUGCCCAGGUGACUGGGAGAGUGGGAAGGAUGUGGUGCUCAUUGACUCGCUGUUCAUUAUGGACCAGUUUAAAGCUGCAGAGAGAGUGACUCUCGGGAAACCUCACACAAAGGACAUCGCAGAAGUGACCGCUGUGGCUGAGGCUGUCCUGCCCAAGGGCAGUGCGCGGAUCAGCCCUGCGGUGAAGUUGGGCACCCCAUCGCUUUUGUAUGGGGCACUCAGAGAUUAUCAGAAGAUUGGCCUGGACUGGCUGGCCAAGCUCUACCGGAAGAACCUUAAUGGCAUAUUGGCAGAUGAAGCUGGGCUUGGUAAAACAGUGCAGAUGAUUGCUUUUUUUGCUCACCUUGCUUGUAAUGAAGGCAAUUGGGGCCCCCAUCUCGUUAUCGUGAGGAGCUGCAGCACUCUGAGGUGGGAACUCGAGCUAAAGCGCUGGUGUCCUGGGCUCAAGACCCUCUUGUAUGUUGGCAGCCAUAGGGAGCUCAGAGCAAAGAGACAGGGGUGGAUGGAACCCAACAGCUUCCAUGUGUGCAUCACGUCCUACAAGCAGUUCUUCAGGGGCCAUGCUGCCUUCACACGCGUGCGCUGGAAGUGCCUGGUCAUCGAUGAGAUGCAGCGCGUGAAGAGCAUGACAGAGAAGCACUGGGGAGCUGUGUUCGCCCUGCACAGUCAGCAGCGCCUGCUCCUGAUUGAUGCACCCCUGCACAACACCUUCUUGGAGCUGUGGACCAUGGCGCACUUCCUAAUACCAGGCCUGUCCAGACCAUACCUGCACCUGCCCCUGAAGGCGCCAAGCGAGGAGAGCCAGGACUACUACCACAAAGUGGUCAUACGUCUGCACCGGGUGACACAGCCGUUUAUCUUGAGGAGGACUAAGAGGGAUGUGGAGAAGCAGCUGGCGAGGAGGUAUGAGCAUGUGCUGAAGUGUCGCUUGUCGAGCCGGCAGAAGGCCCUGUAUGAGGACGUCGUUCUGCAGCCGGGGACACAAGAAGCCCUGAAGAGUGGGCACUUCGUGGAUGUGCUGAGCAUCCUCCUGCGGCUGCAGCGCAUCUGCAACCACCCUGGUCUGGUAGAGCCCCGGCUGCCAGAAUCGUCCUACGCAGCGGGGCCACUGCAGUACUGCCUGGCCUCCCUCAUCCUCAGGGCACUUGAUCGAGACCCCUGGAAGGACACCGAUCUUUCCAUAUUUGACCUUAUUGGCUUAGAAAGUAAAAUGGCUCGCCACGAGGCAGAUGUGCUGAGCAGGAGGAAGGUGUCCCGGAAGCUCAUGGAGGAGCUGUGUGUGGUGCCGCCGGUGAGCAGGCCAGUGGCCAUCAGGCUGAAGCCUAGCAGGUUGUUUCAGCCUGUGCAGUAUGGCCAGAAGCCCGAGGGUCGCACUAUGGCUUUCCCCAGCACACACCCACCCCGGACUGCGACCUCCGCUCCAGCCACUGCCACACCUCAGGGCCACGUUCGGGGACGGCCGCCAAUUGCCACAUUCUCUGCAAAUCCAGAUGCAAAAGCAGCAGCCGCCCCGUUUCAGACCUCUCAGGCUCCCACCGGUGCUCCGAGACACCAGCCUGCCUCGACCUGCAGCGCGGCACCUAGCCCAGCCCAUCCUGUGAAACUGCGGGCUCAGACCAGUGCCCCGGCCUCCACCCCGGGCCCACCCCAGCCCCCACCCCAGGCCUCGCACCCAGCUGGGCAGAGCACGCUGCCUCAGGGGCUGGUGCUCACCUCGCAGGCCCACGCGCGCCUGCCGAGUGGAGAGGUGGUCAAAAUAGCCCAGCUGGCUUCCCUAGCGGGACCACCAAGUCGAGUGGCCCAGCCAGAGACCCCAGUGACACUGCAGUUCCAGGGGAACAAGUUCACCUUGUCCCACAGCCAGCUCCGGCAGCUCACGGCUGGCCAGCCCCUGCAACUCCAAGGCAGCGUUCUGCAGAUCGUCUCUGCCCCGGGCCAGUCCUACCUGCGGCCCCCUGGCCCUGUUGUGAUGCAGACCAUGUCUCCAGCUGGUGCCCUGAAUGCGCUGGGAAGCAAGCCCCUGGCAGGCAGCCCUGCUCCCGUGACCCCACCAGUUGGGGCACCUGGUCGAGUGGCAGUCAAUCCUCUGGCUGUAGGAGAACUGGGAAUGGCCUCUAAACCAGCCUCUCCUGUUGGCGGGCCAACCCAGGAGGAAAAGACCAGACUUUGGAAGGAGCGGCUGGACCAGAUUUACUUCAUUAAUGAGCGGCGCUGUGCCCGUGCUCCGGUCUAUGGUAGAGACCUGCUGGGCGUGUGCUCCAUGGCCAGCAGGGGACGGCUCCCUAGGCUUGGAGCUUUGGAUGGCAGUCCUGGGCCAGAGGCUGGGCCAGCGAGCUGCUGCACAUCACUCUCAGAGACUCCAAGGGACCUGGUUUUGACGUGGACUCAACGCCAGGAAUCCCUCCAGGAUGUCAUUGACAGGGUGCUGUGUGUGAUCCCUCCAGUGGUGGCUGCACCCCCGUGCUUGUGGGUGGCAAAGCCACCAUCCCUCUACAGCCACAGGAUGAGGGCCUUUAGGCGUCGCCUGGAGGAGCACACGGCACCUUAUGCACAUCAGCUUCAGCGGGCAGCCGCCCCACGCUCCCUGCAGUUCCCUGAGCCCCGGCUGGUCCAGUUUGACUCAGGAAAGCUAGAAGCUUUGGCAAUCUUACUUCAGAAGCUGAGGUCUGAAGGGCGCCGCGUGCUGAUUCUGUCCCAGAUGGUGCUCAUGUUGGACAUUUUAGAGAUGUUCUUGGACUUCCACCAUCUCACCUAUGUGAGGAUUGAUGAGAACGCCAACCGUGAACAGCGACAGGAACUGAUGAGGAGUUUCAACAGAGACAGGCGGAUUUUCUGUGCCAUUCUCUCGACUCACAGCCGUGCUACAGGCGUGAGCCUGGUAGAGGCAGACGCAGUGGUGUUCUAUGACAACGACCUGAACCCCGUGAUGGACGCCAAGGCACAGGAGUGGUGUGACAGGAUUGGGAGGCGCCAGGAUGUCCACAUAUAUAGGCUUGUGAGUGGCAACUCCAUUGAAGAGAAACUGUUGAAAAAUGGGACCAAAGACUUGAUCCGAGAGGUGGCCGCUCAGGGAAAUGACUACUCCAUGGCAUUUCUGACACAGCGGACCAUCCAGGAGCUGUUUGAGGUGUACUCUCCCAUGGACGAUGCUGGCUUCCCAGUGAAAGCAGAGGAGUUUGUUGUCCUUUCUCAGGAACCUUCUGUCACAGAAACCAUUGCACCCAAAAUUGCAAGACCUUUUAUAGAGGCCCUCAAGAGCAUUGAGUAUCUGGAGGAGGACCUACAAAAACCUGUGGAGGAAGCUGCACCAGGGUCACCAGGCAUGGACCAUCUACAGUGGGAGGAGACAUCAUCGCAGCGUGAGGAAUUAGCCGACUUCAUGGAGCAGCUUACACCUAUUGAGAAGUAUGCUCUGAACUACCUGGAAUUGUUCCACACCUCCCUUGAUCCAGACAGAGGGAGGAACAAUGAGGACGCCGUGCUGACCGCUGUGACUGAGUGGGAGGCACAGAAUGCACGAAGCCAGCGGGAGCGGGCGGCCCAGGCGCGGCAGGAGCAUGAGCAGGAACAGUUGCUCACCUACACGCGGGAGGAUGCCUACAGUGCGGAGUUCGUCUGUGAGGGUGCUGAUGGGCAGGUGGAAGUCAUGCCGCUCUGGACCCCGCCCACCCCACCCCAGGACGACAAUGACCUCUACAUCGACUCAGUCAUGUGCCUCACGUAUGAAACCACUCCCAUCCCAGAGUCCAAGCUGCCGCCUGUGUUUGUGAGGAAGGAACGCCGGCGGCACAAGACAGACCCCUCAGCCGCAGGCAGGAGGAAGAAGCAACGCCACGGGGAGGGCGUCGUUCCUCCCCGGUCGCUGUUUGACCGGGCAACGCCGGGCAUGUUGAGGAUCCGUCGAGAAGGCAAAGAGAAGAAGAGCGUUCUGCUGAAGCAGCAGACACAGUUCGCUAAGCCUUUGCCAGCAUUUGCCAAGCCAGCAGCCGAGGCAGCUGCAGACAACCCUGAGUGGCUCAUCAGCGAGGACUGGGCAUUGCUGCAGGCUGUGAAGCAGCUUCUUGAGCUGCCUCUGAACCUUACGAUCGUGUCCCCGGCUCACACACCUAACUGGGACCUUGUCAGCGAUGUGGUCAACUCCUGCAGUCGGAUCUACCGCUCUUCCAAGCAGUGCCGGAACCGCUACGAGAAUGUGCUCAUUCCGAGAGAGGAGGGGAAGAGUAAAAAUAACCGUCCUCUGCGCACGGGCCAGAUGUACGCACAGGAUGAAAGUGCUACACACACCCAGCUGUACACAAGCCACUUUGACCUGAUGAAGAUGACAGCUGGGAAGAGGAGUCCCCCUAUCAAACCUCUGCUCGGCAUGAAUCCCUUCCAGAAGAAUCCAAAGCACGCCUCUGUGCUGGCAGAGAGUGGAAUCAACUACGACAAACCACUGCCUCCGAUCCAGGUUGCGUCCCUCCGUGCGGAGCGAAUUGCCAAAGAGAAAAAGGCGCUGGCUGAUCAGCAGAAGGCGCAGCAGCCACCCGUGGCCCAGCCCCCGCCACCCCCGCCGCAGCCGCAGCCACCGCCGCCCCAGCAGCCACCUCCACCUCUGCCCCAGCCCCAGGCAGGGAGCCAGCAACCUGCAGGGCCGACCGCUGUCCAGCCGCAGGCCCAGCCGCAGCCUGUGCAGCCCCCACAGCCCCCACCGAAGGUGCCUCCUGCAAUCACAACGGUGGGCGGCUCGGCUGUACUGCAGACAGGAGCCAUCAAAACCUCAGUCCCCGGGACGAGCAUGCCAGCGGGCACGGUGAGCGGAAAUGUGAUUGUGAACACCAUUGCGGGCGUUCCUGCUGCCACCUUCCAGUCAAUUAACAAACGCCUGUCUUCACCCGUGGCACCUGGAGCCUUGGCUACCUCCGGAGGCCCUGCUCCUGCCCAGGGGGUCCAUACCCAGCCACGAGCAGUGGGAUCCCCAGCCACAGCCACGUCCGACCUGGUGACCCUGCCACCAACUCAGGGUGUUAGAGCAGUCACCUCUGUUACAGCCUCAGCUGUGGUCACUACCAGCCUAACCCCAGUACAGACUCCGACCCGGUCUUUGGUGACUCAAGUGUCCCAAGCUACAGGUGUGCAGCUGCCUGGGAAGACCAUUACACCGGCACACUUCCAGCUCCUCCGGCAGCCGCCACCCCCGCCACCGCCCUCCCAGGUGCCACAGGCCCAGCCCCAGGCCCAGGCCCCCACACAGAUCAAAGCUGUGGGCAAGCUAACCCCGGAGCACCUAAUCAAAAUGCAAAAGCAGAAACUGCAGCUGCCCCAGCAGACCCCCCCGCCGCAGACCCCACCGGGGCCCCCGCCGCCGACGGCACAAGUGCAGGUGCAGCCCCCGCCGCCCGCGCCGCAGCAGAGCCCCCAGCUCACCACGGUCACGGCCCCGAGGCCCGGAGCCCUGCUCACGGGCACCACCGUGGCCAACCUCCAGGUGGCUCGGCUCACCCGGGUUCCCACUUCACAGCUGCAGGCUCAAGGGCAGAUGCAGGCUCAGGCACCCCAGCCAGCUCAGGUGGCCUUGGCGAAGCCUCCAGUGGUGUCUGUGCCUGCAGCCGUGGUCUCCUCGCCGGGCGUCACGACCCUGCCCAUGAACGUUGCUGGGAUCAGUGUGGCCAUUGGGCAGCCACAGAAAGCCACAGGACAGACUGUUGUGGCCCAGCCUGUGCAUGUUCAGCAGCUGCUAAAGCUCAAGCAGCAAGCCGUCCAGCAGCAGAAAGCCAUCCAGCCCCAGGCCGCCCCAAGUCCGGCAGCUGUCCAGCAGAAGAUCACUGCACAGCAAAUUGCAGCUCAGGGCCAAGCACAGAAGGUCACCUAUGCUACCCAGCCAGCCCUGAAAACCCAGUUCCUUACCACACCCAUCUCUCAGGCCCAGAAGCUGGCAGGGACUCAGCAGGUGCAAACCCAGAUCCAGGUUGCUAAACUCCCUCAAGUUGUCCAACAGCAAACACCUGUGGCCAGCCUCCAGCAGGUUGCCUCCGCUUCACAACAGGCUUCCCCACAGACUGUGACCCUCACGCAGGCAACAGCAGCCGGGCAGCAGGUCCAGAUGAUCCCAGCAGUGACUGCGACUGCACAGGUGGUCCAGCAGAAGCUAAUGCAGCAGCAGGUUGUGACAACGGCUGCCCAGCUGCAGAACCCUGGUGUUGCCAACCCAGCACAGGUGCCAGCCAGCUCCGACAGCCCAAGCCAGCAGCCCAAGUUACAAAUGAGGGUCCCUGCUGUCAGGUUAAAGACACCCACCAAACCUCCGUGCCCCUAGUCGGGAAAGCAGGUGGCAUUCCUCCAUCUCGCCAAUCAGGUAGAUUUUGUUUAUUCUACCCUGGGACAGUGUCAUUGACAUGUCCAGCACCUGAAGAACUAUGAUAGACACAAAGGAGUCUAACCAUUUUAUUACAGUGUGUCCUACAUGUGGGAGCAGGUCCUCAGUGAUGCCCCAUUUUCUGUAUCACAUGGUGAAGUGACCAGCAGAUUCACCUUGUAGUUUCUCCUGUAGACCAAUAGUGCUGAGCCUUGAAAGCCAUUUAGAAUUUCCCUGUUAGUGUGCAGCAUUUUGUGCACACAAUAGCCAUUUGGGAUGUGCAGUGAGUCUUAAAAUAGGCUUUGCAGAGGUCUUUAACAGCGUCUGCUUCUGCUGGGUUCUUUAUACCUACCUGAAAGCACAUUGUGGUUCUCAGGAGAAAGACUAAGGUUAGAUCAUUUCAGAUCAGAGAAUGCCAAGGUAGUUUCUUCCUUCCCUCCUAAAAUAUGACUUGUUUGAACUUUUAAAGGAAAUAUUUAGUACUGACACCCAUCAAAGCACAUGCAUGACCUGUCCCCAGCUCGUGUCAAAGGAAAACAAUGUCACUGAAUUUUCAUUCCAAACAGCACCACUGAGGCCUCUCCAGACCCUCUUCCCAAUGUGACUUGUUGCCAUGUAAACAGAACCUAUGGGACUGCUCUCCAUCCCAGCACACCCACGGAUUUUUCCAGCUUUUGGAUAAAGCUCGUGUUUGGACUUUGUGCACUGAAGCAGCUCCAUCAAACGACUCCUGUCUCGGACUGGUUUGGGGCCGAGUUCCGUGCAAGCAUUGUUAUGUCACAGAUGUGACUCCUGAGGAGCUGGCAAGCAUAAGAGCAGGGAUGCCACUCCUCGCCCUCCUUGCCUUCCUGCUCAGCCCAGGAACAGUCUGCAGAUGUGAAACCCCCUCCUACACAGUGGCUUACUCAAGAAUGUACAAGUGUUACCCAUAGAAAUGGGGUAGGAAACUCUCCAUUAUUGACUUGUAGGAUCAGCUUUCUGUGCCAGGGUGUCAUACAUGAACAGAUGCACUUGCUCACGGUUCUGCACAGAGAACCAUCCAUGCUGCUUGGGGGAGACCUGCUGUUGAGGGGCACAGAAGAGGCCCCAUGUUUGCUCCUGUGUUUAUUUUCUUACUAUGUCAAGAUAAUGGAAAUAUUUGCAGUGCACUUGAUUGGCCAAUAUCUGCUUUCCUGGAAGUGUUACCUAGGUUAAAGGCGCAUGUCUGGGGAUGCCCUCUCUGCCAUGGGUCUGGGCCUCUUUUACAAGACCUGGUCCAGGAAAUUGGUUGUAUUGGGCCUGUGUGUGCCAAGGACCAGUUACGGCAUACUGCGAGAUCUUAACUGUAAGUUUAUUUAAGCUGCUCCCUCCCCAUUCUGUCUCUUUAAAUGACAUGGAAGAACAUCUUCUGUCCCCUGGUGUUUUCUGCCAUUGGUUUAUGUGGACAGUGACAUGUGGUAUGGAGUGAAGCCAGCUGGGCUGCUCAAUUUUGAACUCUUGGCAAAAAAAUCUGGAAAAAAGUGAAUAUCAAGUGUUAAAAACAUGGAAGGGAUUUAACUAGUUAAUUGAACAUAUCAAAACAGAAUACUACAUUUCCUUACAACCCAACUUGUCUGUUUCUAGCUUAGCAUGGGCUGUCACGAGAGUGUGGUGGGCAGGAAGGCUCUCUGCCCCAGCUUUGAAUCUGGGUCCCAAGGAAAGUUCCACUGUGUUUAUCCUCAACUGUGGAGAACAGUUCCUAUAAAAUAUAUAGGAACCCUCUCUUUUCAGCUUAUUUAAUUUAUGCAACCUUCUUGUUUCCUCUUGUCCUUUGUGGGUAUUGGUGGAUUCCUUUUAGAUGAUCAGAUGCUGAGUGCACUUAUUUUAGAACAUUCUAGACAUAGCUGCCUGCGUGGAAGUCCUCUGUUAGUCUAGAACACUAGAAGAGAACUUAGCAACCUCUCUCAAGAGCUACUGAGAGAGCAGCACUGGCAGUCUGCACACUUGCAGUGUGGAACUCCUGCCCUGUCUUCUGUGAGUGAGAGUCUCUUGCCUCCAAAGUGUGUUUUUUCAGCGAUCCCCUAAUGCAAAAUAUGGAAAGAAACUAGUUUCACUUGUAUCACUCAAUUUAGUAACAUCUAGAUGUCACCACUGACCUAGUAAUCUUCAGUAGAGUCAUUUAAGUAAAAACUCUCCUUCCAGUAUAUAGUUUUAUUGGCCUUCUGUUUAAAGGUUAAACUUUGCAUAUUUAAAAAUGAAGUGUGAGUGUAGGAAAUUAUCCAGGCCUUCUCAGCUUGUUCUGUUAGCAGAAUUCUGCAUUACCUUGUGAACCAGGGUUCCUACCAAUACAGUAUGUCAGGAUUGAAAGAAAUCUUCAGAACACAAAAUGUAAACACAGCAGCCAAAACACUGUCAAACUUGAAUCUGCCACCAGGGAAAGCAGUUACCCAGUUAUUCUUUACUUAAGAGGCAUUUGUUCUAAUUAAGGCCAGGCUGUUUUGAAAGCAUCCCAUGGGAAACAGGAGGUUGGAUCUGAGCACUGGUUCAGAUUUGGUGCCUGAUGAGGACUAGGCUUCCUUUUUGCAAUUUUUAUGAUUUUUUGUUAACAUUAUAACCAGAUAGCUGUUGUGUUUUAAAAUAUAAAGGAAAAAGACUGAAUUGUAAAUACUUUGUAAACAUAAUCAUUUGUACUUUAAUAGUAGGGUUUUAAGGGGCGCUGAUAUCCCACUAAAAAAAGGUAUAAUAAAAUGACCUUUUUAUAUGCUUUCUCAUUUUGUCUUUCAUGGAAAACUAGUAUUCAGGUUAAAUUAAGAUGCUAACUGUGUGAAGAAAAAAAAAAAAGAAAUAGAAGCAGUUUGAAGGCAGAUACUUUCUCUGGCCCCUCCCCAAAACUGUAGAAGGAGCUAGAAGGAAUGCUGCAUGCACAAGGUUUUUGGUGAAAAUCACCUCUGCAGAGAUCACACUCAUCUGGCUGUUAUGUUUCAAAGCCAGACACACGGGAAGACCUAGUUCAUGUAGAUGCCACUGCUGCUGCCCAGGCCCUGUGAGACCUGCUCCUGCAGGCACCCUGUCUGGGGCCGGGUGUGGGGUAGUUCAGGAGUGGAACCCUGCUCAGGCACUCCACCCAACCCCCAGUAACCAGGCGGUCUGCAGCUGCUUUCCUGUAUCUUCUCUCUCACCUUUAGGCUACUUGUUGUUGUUGUUGUUGUUGUUAUCAUUAAUCUACAAUUACAUGAAGAACAUUGUUUACUAGGGUUCCCCCUUCACCAGGUCCCCCCCACAAACCCCAUUACAGUCACUGUCCAUCAGUGUAGUAAGAUGUUGUAGAAUCACUACUCGUCUUCUCUGUGUUGCACAGCCCUCCCCAUGCCCCCCCACAUUAUACAUGCUAAUCGUAAUAUUCCCUUUCUUCUUCCCCGCCCUUAUGCCUCCCUUCCCUCCCAUCCUCCCCAGUCCCUUUCCCUUUGGUAACUGUUAGUCCAUUCUUGGGUUUUGUGAUUCUGCUGCUGUUUUGUUCCUUCAGUUUUUCUUUGUUCUUAUACUCCACAUAUGAGUGAAAUCAUUUGGUAUUUGUCUUUCUCCACCUGGCUUAUUUCAUUGAGCAUAACACCCUCUAGCUCCAUCCAUGUUGUUGCGAAUGGUAGGAUUUGUUUUCUUAUGGCUGGAUAAUAUUCCGCUGUGUAUAUGUACCACAUCUUUAUCCAUUCAUCUACUGAUGGACACUUAGGUUGCUUCCAUUUCUUGGCUAUUGUAAAUAGUGCUGCUGUAAACAUAGGGGUGCAUCUGUCUUUUUCAAACUGGGCUACUGCAUUCUUAGGGUAAAUUCCUAAAAGUGGAAUUCCUGGGUCAAAUGGUAUUUCUAUUUUAAGCAUUUUGAGAAACCUCCAUACUGCUUUCCACAAUGGUUGAACUAAUUUACUUUCCCACCAGCAGUGUAGGAGGGCUCCCCUUUCUCCACAACCUUGCCAACAUUUGUUGUUUAUCUUUUGGAUGGUAGCCAUCCUUACUGGUGUGAGGUGAUAUCUGAUUGUGGUUUUAAUUUGAAUUUCUCUGAUAACUAGUGAUGUGGAGCAUCUUUUCAUGUGUCUGUUGGCCAUCUGAAUUUCUUCUUUGGAGAACUGUCUAUUCAGCUCCUCUGUCCAUUUUUUAAUUGGAUUAUUUGCUUUUUGUUUGUUGAGGUGCAUGAGCUCUUUAUAUAUUUUGGAUGUCAAGCCUUUAUCAGAUCUGUCAUUUAUGAAUAUAUUCUCCCAUACUGCUGGAUACCUUUUUGUUCUAUUGAUGGUGUCCUUUGCUGUAUAGAAGCUUUUUAGAUUGAUGUAGUCCCACUUGUUCAGUUUUACUUUUGUUUUCCUUGCCUGGGGAGAUAUGUUCAUGAAGAAGUCGCUAAUGUUUAUGUCCAAGAGAUUUUUGCCUAUGUUUUUUUCUAAGAGUUUUAUGGUUUCAUGACUUACAUUCAGGUCUUUGAUCCAUUUCGAAUUUACUUUUGUGUAUGGGGUUAGACAGUGAUCCAGUUUCAUUCUCUUACAUGUAACUGUCCAGUUUUGCCAGCACCAUCUGUUGAAGAGACUGUCAUUUCCCCAUUGUAUGUCCAUGGCUCCUUUAUCGUAUAUUAAUUGACCAUAUAUGUUUGGGCUAAUGUCUGGAGUCUCUAUUCUGUUCCACUGGUCUGUGGCGCUGUUCUUGUGCCGGUGCUAAAUUGUCUUGAUCACUGUGGCUUUGUAGUAGAGCUUGAAGUUGGGGAGCGAGAUUCCCCCCCCCCCCACUUUAUUCUUCCUUCUCAGGAUUGCUUUGGCUAUUCGGGGUCUUUGGUGUUUCCAUAUAAAUUUUUGGACUAUUUGUUCCAGUUCAUUGAAGAAUGCUGUUGGUAAUUUCAUAGGGAUUGCAUCAAAUCUGUAUAUUGCUUUGGGCAGGAUGGCCAUUUUGAUGAUAUUAAUUAUUCCUAGCCAAGAGCAUGGGAUGAGUUUCCAUUUGUUAGUGUCCUCUUUAAUUUCUCUUAAGAGUGUCUUAUAGUUUUCAGGGUAUAGGUCUUUCACCUUUAGACUACUUUUAAGAAAAACUUAUGUUUACAAAAAAUGCCUACUUUUCAUAAAAACUGCACUUUAUUCAAAGUGCCCCAAGAAAUCUGUGGUUAGUUUUGGCUUCUUCUCUUUGACCACAGGAAUUGGGGCACAGCCUCCCAUUUCACGUCCCUCUGGCAAGCGAGGAGCUCAGUCUCACGUGCAUCUGGGGCCCUUGCUCAGGCCCUUCUGCUGAGGGCUACCGGGUGCUGGAGGAUGGGGUGCUAAUCCACCUACCUACAUACAGGCCAGCAACAUUGCCCUCAGUGCCUCGGUUUCCCCCUCUGCACACAUUCCUGAGGCAGGUGUGACAUUCAGAAAGCAUCCACUCUCAGGCACCUGCCCUCAAUUGUUGAUUCUCUUGUCCUGAUUUUUCUCAGAGGAUAAGAUUGUGUGUUUUCAGAUCCAUGAGUCUAUCCUGGGACUCUGAUCACCUUUUGCCAAUGGUACAUAAGAAAAUAGGCUGAGAGGGUGGGCUUACCUGGCCAAGAGGCUAUGUGUGCAUUCUAGUAGGGCUGAGGCCAUUCGAAAGAGGCGAUUCUGCCUUCUGGCCACAGUGGGUAGCACCUCUGUGCCCGAGUCCAGUAGUCACCAGCUCCAGUGCAUGGGGGCAUCCAAGUUUACGUUAACAUAAAGUGCCCUGUAGGCCCUCCUACAGGCCGCACAACCUAGACCAGCUUGGGAGGUCUCACUCAGGUCUGCCUUGACUGUAACCUCCUGUCAGGUAGGUGUUCAGCUCCUGUUUCAGCCCUGCCAGUGCCCUCCCCACUCUCCAGGCCCUUCGGGGGAGCAGGGGCUUUGCCACAGUUUCUGGGCAGCAGCUCUUUCCUGCUCUGUCCUCAGCCUGCAUCAUCCAUACUCCAAACCCCUCUUCCAGAGGUCCCAUUGCCCUGGAAUAGACUGUUAGCACUACUAGAAAGUGCUAACUGGUCUGGACUAGAAAGGUCUCCAAGGUGUGCUAAGAAAGCGGAGAGUGGUUGUCUGGUGGGCUACCAAAAUGGAACUCCGUGUAUGCUUGAUGUGCAUAGAAUAUCCUGGAAAUGGGUUGGCAGCAGCUGUCUCCUGGGAGGGAGGCGGUUUGGGGGUGCUUAGGGAUGAAGGGUGCUUACUCCGCACCGUUAAUUGGUUAAAACAGUUUGCCGGGCGCAUGAAUUACUUUUUUUCUUAAAAAGGCCCUAAAAAUAGCCUGUUCACCCUGCACCCGCACCAGGAAUCUUUGUUGUUUAUGGGGGCAGGUUCCAGCUUCUUUGCCUGAUCCCGAGCGGCUGCCUUGACUCACUAGGUCCCAGAGGACCGUCCUCUCCGGAUGGCGUUCGUAUUCUCAACUUGCCGUGCACGGCUUCGUUCCAAUCCUGUUGCAGUUGUUUGUUUGUUUUUUCCUUGGACCAGCCCCGUCGGCAGUGUGGGCCUUUCAUUCCCAUUGUCCGUAAUGGUCUUGCUCUCCAUCAGGACUUUGUACUAGACGGUGGUUGUUUUAUUUCCCCGGCUGCACUUCGGUUCUGUUAUCCCGAUUCAGUGGGAUCAAAGCUAAUGGGAGUGGGGUGGACAGUAACUGGUGUACUUGCUGGGUGCAUAAUGCGCAGGAGCUUCCUGUCCAGUCUUGAAGCUGUGCUCUUAGCUCGGCAGGAAAGACUGCCACGCCGGAAGCCUGAGGAGGGGUCGGGAUGCCCUAAGUAGAUAGAGGGGCGGAUCCGGGCGCCGACGGGGGGCACGUGAUUGGGGCUGCGGAGAUAGGCGUACGCCUGCUCUCCUCCCAGCAUUGCGCCGGCUGCCCUACUUGCCUGCCGGAUGGGGCGUCAGUUUGCGAACCAUAACACAAAGCCCGGCAGCUCUGCCCUCGCGCAGCAGGUGGGCGGGCGGCAGGAAGCUCAGUGCGCAGGCGCUGCCCUGCCCCACAGCUCCGAUUGAAUGCGCCUGCGCACUGGGCCGGGCAGUUUGUAGGCUCGCUUGGUUGGAGGGGUCGAGCCUACCCUUUCGCAGCGAUGACCGCACUUCCUCAAAUGGUGACCCCGCCCGGGGCCGCCUCCUCUCACCGCAGGGACCCCGUAGGCCCUGCAGUCGAUGGUGACCUGCCCCCACCGUGCUCUCAGGGACUCGGCGCGCCUCCGCCAGCCGGGGGCGCCGAGCUGCGCGAACGCCCCUUGCACCCGGAGAGGGUGGCCACGCCGCACACCCGAGGCUACACCGCCUGCGGACGACCUGGCGAUCCUGGCGAAGUGGCCGGCGUCCGAGGUGAGCCUCUCUGGGGCCGGGCCCGGGGUCGGGGCCGGGCGGCCCUCCGCCAGCCGGUGCUGCUCCUCCUCGAAGAUGAUGAGCAGGGUGUCGCACACGCGCUUGCUGAGACGCGGCCGGUAACUGUGGCGUGACCUAUGUUUCUGGGCCUGUGGGCUCCAGCUGAGGUGACUGGCAAUGUUAGACGCCGAACAUGAGCGACCAGUAGCUUUCAUCGUCAUGGAGCGAGCGGCCCCGGUGCGGUGCUGGGAGGGUCCUGUUUUGAGGGACGUUUGUAAGCCGCCCAAGUAGCCAUGGGGCCCCAUCCGUUUCGGUUGAGAGCAAAGGCUUGAAGCGAGUCUUGGUCCCCCAUUAGAUUGUGGCGCCACCGUGAGGGGGACAGUGCAAAGAUGCGCGUUCCAAUCCCGCUCCGGGCAGCCUUCCCAAGUGUUGCUCUCCAACCGCCUCGGGGGAUUCCGUCUGCGCUUCUGGCUCGUUUGGACUCCUUUGAGACUCAAGAUACUUUGGAAAACUGACUUUGUAUCUUAGAAUGAGGUAAACUUAGUUUUUAAAUAUUACAAAAUACCUUCUCGUAGAAAUCCAAACGCCACAGGAAAGUCGGAAUUCCCGGCUGUUUUGUGCCCUGAGCCCUGUGACCACCGCCCACGCCUAACCCAUUUUCACUGGCUGCGUCUCCACGCCCAUGCAAGUCCGCCGGCUGAGCAGGCCUGAGGAUAUACCGCAUGUCUUCGGUCAUUCCCCUGGGUUUCGCCCCGCUGGCGUUGCUGAGAUUAGCAAUCUCACGCCGGCCCUGGUGCCAUUUCCAUAGGCUCCAACCCCAUUGAACUAAAUUGGGACAAUGGGUCAAAGGACAUGCAGUAGGUACGGGGGAAGUCAGCAGCUCACAAUCCUGAGUCGUUCAGGGCAGCACUCUUCAUUGCGCAUCUGCAUUUGCAGUGAGGCGGCUGAAAAGCCGGCAGGGCACCCGGCUUUCUGUCUGCUGAGCCUGGCAGCUUCUCUGAGCCGCCUGUGGGUCCCCCAUUUCCCUACUAAGUUGUGUUUUACUAACCUGUAGGCCCUCUUCCUAUAUUAGGGAUUUUUUACCUUUUGCAGCCAUAGAUAAAGUGUUCAUGUUUUCCCCGAGCAUUUUUUGUCCUUUUUACUUUAGCACAUCUUUCUAGAGUUACCUAUUCCCUGUGUGGCAUCUAGUUUUUCUGCCGUGUUUAUUAAGAAUGUUUUAGCUAUCUCAGGAUUAUAGAAAUUUUUCCCAAAUGUUAUUGUAAUAGUCUCUCUCUCCCUCUUCCUUCUGAGUAAGGUAACAUUUAGCUCUGCAUGCUGUCUGAAGUGUUGUGGGAUAGGGAACUAGUUUUUUUCUUUUCUGUAGAUAGCAUAAUUCCUUAAAUAAAGCAUUAUUUUGUUCAAAGUAAAUGCCACUAGCUGUAUAUUUUUGGAUUGUCUGUUUCUGUGCUGGGACAACAGUGAUCUAUCACUGGAGCCUGGAGUAUGAAUACUGUUUAAGUAAAGAACCCCUAGGCAUUCUUCCUAUGAGUGUUAAAGUGAUUUUUGCCUAUUUCUAAAGCAAAACAAAAGCCAGACACAUUGUAAUUCUGUUGGAAUCGCAUUACUGGUGUGUGCUCAUUUUCAAAGGUGUGGUAUUUUAUAUUAAAUCUUCUCAUUUAGGAA